AUGGGAAUAUUUAGACCUCUCACCAUAGGACCAGCUUGUGCUCUAGAAAUAACCUCACACAUCAAGUACUACUAUGUGGCUAGAGACUCAAGUGUUACCCUUAAUUGUGAGUUCGUCCUUGAUUCUGAGAACGUGGAACAUACAGAAAUAGAGUGGAAAAUUCUGGCUGAAAACAGAGACCAAGAUGACAAUACCAUUAUCUGGUACACUGCAGCCAUGAUAUAUAACAAUUUAUACGGUCCUUUAAAGCAUAGGGUCUACUUCACAUCUCCUGAGCCCCAAAAUGGCAUCGCUUCAUUAACAAUCAGUGACCUGAAGCUUACAGAUUCAGGCACUUACCAGUGUAUGGUGAAAAAGCUACCUGAAAUCGCGAUCAAAAACUUUAUCCUGUCAGUAAUGGAGAGGCCAAGUAUGCCAGUAUGUUACAUGGACGUAGAAGCUGUGGCAGGGGAAGAUCUGAGGCUGAGAUGCAGAUCGUCACAGGGUACUCCACCUGUGGAUUACAGAUGGUCAAAGACAAGUGGAAACCAGAAGUUGCCUCAUACUGCUUUUGCUGACACAAUAGAAGGAGACCUGUAUUUAGAUAAGAUCACAGAGAGCGACACUGGAACCUACCUCUGUACAGUUCUAAAUCUUGUUGGAAUAGAAGAGUGUGAGCUUGAACUCAGUUUCCCACCACCACUGACCAUGUACUAUGUAUAUGUAACUAUAGCAUCAGCCAUUUUCGGUGUGGUUUUGGUCAUCAACAUCAUCAUCAUCAUCGCAGUCAUUUGCUACCGCCGCAGAAAAGAGACUGAAGAGGAAUUUAGCAGUGAAAUAUUGGUGGAUGAACUCCCUCCUUACACAUGGCGUACAAGAGAGAGUGACACUUUAGGGUCUUGGUCUUACAUAAGUCCCCAGGGCAGUGUACAGACACAUACGGUCACGUAUGAGAACAUGGACUCAAGUCUAAGGACAAAGUGUACGGACAAAGACGCUGUGUAUGAGGUCGUAGAGCAGCAAGACCUUAAAGAAAAUCCAGAGGCGUAUGAACCCAUGGAGCCUGGUGUGACUCCUCGUGGGGAAGCAAAUAAAGAAAAUCCAGAGGCGUAUGAACCCAUUGAGCAUGGCGUGACUCCUCCUGUGGAAGCAAAGGUGUUCCGUCCACGGACAAGUAAGUCGAUUGAAUUGAUGAAACACGGUCCCAAGGCCUGUGGUGAAGGAAAG